AUGGAUCAUUACAAUCUUACCACAGAUAUACCUGAAGUACAACAGGAUAUAUCCUAUGUUCGCUAUGUGUUGGUCAGUGUCUUCUUUCUGCCGUGUGCUAUUGUCAUUUUUGUCGGAAACACCUUUGUCCUGUUGGCGUACAAGAGGGACAAACGGAUCCGGAGAAAUACAACCAACGCCUAUAUUCUCAACCUUGCUGUGGCUGACAUUCUUGUGAGUGUUGUCAUGGCAAUUUAUGUUCCAGUAUAUCUUACAGGCACUUGGAAGUUUGGCGGGGCGUCUUGUGUCGUCUUAUGGGUACUGGACUACACAGCGACGGACAUGUCUGUAAUGACGAUCAUCGUCAUCAGCGUCGACAGAUACCUUAUGGUACACAAUUCCCUACGACAUCGAUCGAGACAAUCACACAAGAAGGUAGCCAUCAUUUGCAGUAUCCUCUGGAUAACCUGUCUAGCUGCCCAUUCGACUCUAGCCUUCACCUACUCCUCAAUGACAGGAUUCAUGCAUGAUGAGAACAGAAUUGCCGGGUGUGAGCUUGGGUAUGGACAUAGUCUGGUCGUCCUUGUUUUGAUGUUCUUGGUGGAGUUCCUGGUUCCUGCUAUAUGCGUCUUCACCCUGAAUCUCACAGUGUAUUUUUGUUUGAAGAGACGAUCCAACAUGCUCCAAACCAGGCAAGGUCGAUCCCACCUGUCAACUGCAGUUCCUCUUAAUGAUAGAGCAUCCCAGACAACUUCCUGGGAAAACGAUGGCAUGCGGAUUCAUGGAAGCGCAUCAGGUUCUCAACACCAAAAAGCGGCAAGAUUCUUGGCAUUGAUUCUGAUUGUCUUCAUAAUUUGUUGGUUGCCCUACUAUAUCAACGAAUGCUAUGCAUUUUUAUAUUGCUCUGGCGUCCAUACGAAAGCGCUUACCGACCUAGUGUCAUACAUUAUGUGGAUAAAUUCCGCAAUAAAUCCAUUCUUGUACGCUUUCACCAACGUCUUCUUCAAGGAGAAUUUUAAGCAGUUUUUGAGAUGCAAGUGAAGACAAACGAGUUUGAAGAAAGUAGACUCUCUUUUCAGUUCAAAUCACAAACAAAGAUGCAGAGAGCAUUCGUUUCUCUAUGGUAAAAGUAUAGACAUACAUUUUACAAUAUUGUAUUCAGCUUUGUUUUCAUAAGCUUUGUUUAUAAUGUUAUUUAUGUCUUCAAUAUUUGGACUUAUUAUAGUGUGUAAAUAUUUUGUAUGCAUUGUUUUAAUUGUCCAGGGCCCUCUGGGAUAGCACUUUAUAAACUGAGAAGGAAA